AACGCGACGACGCCCUUGGCCGCCAUGUGCCCGAAGUCGUUCCGAUCCAUAAUCACGAUUCUUCCGAGAAUGCCGAAACAGAUUGUAGGGAAGGACUGUAUAAAAGGCCGUCAGGCCGUUCGAGUUUAAUUGCUUCGUCCAUCAACUCAGUAUCGAGCCCGCCUUACCACUCACAGCCCUGAGCCCCUGAACCGGCCCCUAACCACCAAAGACCCCAGCCCCCAUCCGCAAAAGACAACAUGACAGGCUUCGAUCCAGACACGCAGAUGCCCUCGCUGCAGGGAAAAGUAAUCCUUGUUACCGGAGGCACCGCCGGCAUUGGGCGCACCACAAUCCUGGGGCUAGCCAAGCAUCAGCCUGCACACAUAUACUUCACAGGCCGCAGCGCCUCGUCCGCGGACGGCCUCACCGCCGAGGUGCGCAAACUCGCCCCGGCGGUGCAGACGACUUUUGUACCAGCAGAUCUCGCCUCGCUGGCGGCAUGUGGGGACGCCGCGCGCGCUCUCGCCGGCCGUCUCACGCGGCUCGACGUGAUGAUCUGCAACGCCGGCAUCAUGGCCGUGCCGCCGGCCGUCAGCGCCGACGGGCACGAGAUCCACAUGGCCACCAACCACCUCGGCCACGCCAUGCUGCUGCGCCACCUGCUGCCCGUGCUCGAGGCCACGGCGCGGCUGCCGGGGGCCGACGUGCGCGUCGUCGUGCUCACCUCGACCGCCUGGCGGGGCCACCCGAGCAACGGCAUCACGUACGGGCGCCUCGGGAGCGGAUACAGCGGCUUCGUGGGGCGCUGGCAGGCUUAUGGCCAAAGCAAGUUCGCCAACCUUCUUUACGCUGCCGAGCUGGCGCGCCGCUACCCGGCCAUCUUGACGGUCGCGCUGCAGCCCGGCGUGGUGUCGACGGGGCUGAUCGGCGGCCUGGGGUUCUGGGACCGGGCCAUGGUGGCCACGAGCACGGCGCUGCUGCGCAUCCCGACCCUGACGCCCGAGCAGGGCAGCCACAACUCGCUGUGGGCCGCGGCCGCGGGCAAGAGGGCCGACAUGGUCAGCGGCGCCUUCUACAUGCCCGUCGGCCAGCUGGCCAGCCACCUGGUCGCCAAGGACAAGGUCGCGAGCGACCCGGGGCAGGCGGCGCGGCUGUGGGAGUGGACUGAGAAGGCGCUGGACAGGGUCGAGGGCAACUGACAGCAGCCGUGCAUGGAGCUAGCUGGGAAUAACCAUCACCACCUGCGUCCACAACUGGCCGCCAGAGCGUGACUUCCUUGCCUCGAGGUCCCACGCAGCACCUUCGCGUGGCAGGUCCCCAGACAUCUGUCGGGGCUGGCCACCUGAUGUUGCAAUAGCGCGAGGUCCGACAAGGCCUGUCCCUGCAAACGGAUCCUCUUGGCUUCAGGCUUUCGGUUUGUCGUGAUUGCUGAUCGAAUCCUUCCAUCAUCCCGUCUCUCGGACCGGGGAGGGACCACCCUGGUCCGGAGAGGACAUGGGGCUCGUCGGGGGAAAUGGGCACAUCCCGGAGAGUCGCCACAGUGCUGGGUAGAGCGUCGGAUGAAUCUGUCUGAAUGACAUCUCGUUUCAUAGCGCACUAGGACAGAUGAUAAUAAAAGAAACAACGCAGACCUGGAAGGCGAAUCUCCUUUAUUGCCG